UGUAAGUGUAAGUGUGAGUGUGUAAGUGUAAGUGUGAGUGUGUAUGGGUGUGGAUGGUUCGGUGCUGCCUUUAGGUUCCAGUCCUCGGACCUCGUCACUCCCUGUGACCGCUGUCAUGGACUAACAUCAGCGGGACCAAACUUCUCUUCAGUCCGCGCCACGCCCCCCCCCCUCUGCCCUGCUGGGCAGGUUGUCAUGGCGACGCGGCUGCUGGACCGUCUGAAGCGGUCGCUGUUCAAAGAUGGUCAGGGGGCGGGAACGGAGCAACAGGAGGGAGGAGGUGCGCAGGGAGAGGAGGAGAUUGGCAAGGAGCGCUGGGAGGCGGAGCUAGCAGAAGAGGAGGAGUGUGUGACGGACCGCCUCGGUGGGACGCUCUGCUUCGACAGUGGAGUCGGGGGAGGGGGGGAGGACGGCGGCGAGGGGGAGGGGUCGGGGCUGGACAGUGACUCUGACUUCCUGGGCGAGUCAAUGGAGGAGGGGCUUAGCAGCACAGAGAUCAGUCCCGUCGGCGUGUCUCCUGUUGGCCCCUCCCCCUCUUCCCUGCUGACGCGGCAGCUCCAGGAGAGCUGGAGACACCUGCGUGGACUCGGAGCAGGAAGUCCCGCCCCCUCUGGGCGGAGACAGACGGAGAGCCUGUUGUUCGAGGUCACGGACGCCAGUGUGGUGCAGGACGCAGCCUCCAAGUACGUGCUCUACACCAUCCACGUCAUCCAGUCCGGUGGCAGCGACAAAACCCCGGCCGUAAUCACUCGCAGAUAUUCUGAUUUCCAGCGCCUUCACGCCACGUUACGACGUAUCCAUGGAGACCAGAUGGAUCGUGUCUGCUUCCCGCGAAAGAAGAUGAGGAGAAACUUCACGGCAGAAACGAUCGCAAAGAGGAGCCGAGCGUUCGAACAGUACCUGUCUCACCUGUGUUCACUGUCCGGCCUGCGGGGGGCACUGUGUGUGCGACACUUCUUCUACCUGAGUGACCUGCACACGGGGCAACUGCUCAUCAGGGUGGGACAUUACCAUGACGCCCUCGGUCCGCUGCUCAACGCGAAGAGACUGCAAGAGAAACUGGGCUGGGCCUGUUUCUACGACAGCCAGGCUCAGACUCCGCCCCCGGCCUCGCCCCAUUGGUUCUUCACUCUGUUGGGUCUGACCUGUUGUUUCCAGGAGGUGGAGCAGCUGGAGGAGGCGCGGCUUCACUGUGACCUUGCCCUCCGUGUCUUGACCCUCGCUGAGAAUGAGACUGAGGGCAAGCCCCUCCCACAGACUGACAUGUCCCACCCACACAGAGACAGACCGCACCCCCUGCUGCUGCCACUCUUGCAGUUGGUGGUCCGCCUCUCGUGGCAAAUGGGGAGAGACAAGCGGCAAUGGGAGGAGCUUCUGCAGCAGCUGGAGGAGCAGUGGGCGGGGCUAGACAAUCAGCCAAGCAUCAAAGAGUUUCUGGUCAAACACAACCUGCAGGAGAGCGUGGGGUCGUCACGUCACCAUGGCGACACGGCCAAGAGCUGAGACAUGGGCUGCCGUAGAAACAUCAGUUGCCAUAGCAACGGUCACAGGACAGAAGCACACCAGUGUGGCCGUCAGUGCGAAGUGACACAUGGCUCCACCCACAAGUCAGCCACUCACAAAGUGUUGUUGAUGUGGAGGAAGUUUUAACACUUUUAUUCAUGAGGAGUGAUGAUGUCAUCACACAUGCUGUGACAUCAUAACAAGGGAAAAUGUCUCCAUGACUGAGAAACAUGAGGACGAGACAUCAGCUGAUGUCCUCCUGUGGGACGACAUCAGACGGUCAUCAUGUACAUCUGUGAGUAAAAGAGGGUUCAACACAUGAAAACAACACACACACACACACACACUCUCUCUGUCUCUCUGUCACACACACACGUAUGGUUCCUUAUUUUUGAAAGACACCUCAUGGCCCAGUGGAGAGGGAACUGGGCUUGUAACGUGAGGGUUGAUGGUUUGAAUCUGUGCCAGGUCAUGAAAAGUCUGGGGUGCCCCGGGUUCUGCUCAAAGGUUCCUAGUAGAGGAUCGUUUGAACCCUCAGGGUUCCAUUUAAUUUACUACCCUUUUAAGUCAUUAAGGACAAAAAUAUCCACUUCCAAAAGCUGCUGUAAAAACUUUCCAGAUUAAUAAUUUUCUCUGUGUAAAUCUCUUCAGUAACUUCAGCCAUGCUCAGACCUACCAAACAUUCAAUCAUUCUGAGGAUUUUAACCCUUUCAAUGCCCGCUUUUACACUACAUGAGGUAAUAUACACUGCCUGGCCAAAAAAAAGUCACCACUUAUCAUACGCUCUAGGGUCAUACGCUCUAAUAGCAUUUAGCUUUGAUUAUGGCACUCAUUCGCUGUGUCAUUGUUUUCGAUAAGCUUCUGCAAUGUCACAAGAUUUAUUUCUGUCCAGUGUUGCAUUCAUUUUUUA